AUGAACAGCGUGAUUAGCUUCAUAGGAAGAAAAGAUGUCCGAAUCGCAGUCGGAAUCUUCUCGUUACCAAUAAUCCUUCCAUUGUCGGUUGCAGCAUUUCCAGCUGUGGUUUUGGCUAUUAUUUGUAGCUAUUUAAUAACAUGGGCAGUUUAUCUUGCAUAUGCCCAACGAGACAACACCAAACGCCCCGUCUACUUCAACACUCAGCUGCCAUACCUCCCCUUAUCACCAUACCGAGUCGCACUAGUAACAAAGGCAGCUCUCUCAGCAGUCUUCUUCUUCAUUACAGACGUGCUACCAAUUUCUAUAAAAUGGAUGGCCAAGAAAUGUUUUGCAAAGAGGAGCGAGAGUACGUCCAGCUCGCGUGUGUGUGAGGAUAUACAUUAUGGCAGCUCGCAGGAUAAGAAGCUGGAUGUGUACUGCUCGGAACCUACGGGGAGGGGUGCUGGUGAGGCUGCGACGAAGAGAGCUGAUUAUCCAAAAUUGCCGGUGGUUAUAUUUAUUUAUGGGGGUUCGUGGAGUUCAGGUGACAAGAGAAUGUAUGGUCCCAUGGCUUCGGUAAUGCAAGAAAAGGGAUAUGUAGUCGUAGUCCCCAACUAUAGCACAUUCCCAACGGGUUAUCUAGCUGAAAUGGUGUCGGACAUUCGAGCUGUUAUUGAGUGGACUGUUGCUCACAUCAGGACAUAUGGAGGAGACCCAAACAACUUAUACAUUAUGGGCCAUUCAGCAGGAGCACAUCUAGGGGCUUAUACUAUAGUACAUGAUGCAGUUGGAUCUGAAGUGAAGUUGAGCAAGUCGAAUACGUCGAUAGAGUUUCCGUUACCGUGUUAUUCUAUACCUUUGCCUCCUAUUCGAGGACUUAUAUUGCUAUCGGGCGUGUACGAUAUUGUAGACCAUUAUCAAUUUGAAGCCAAUCGUGGUGUUGAAGAAGUGUCUGCUAUGGCUCGUGUCAUGGGACACAAAACUAAAAAGUUCAAAGGCUCAUCACCAACGUGUUUAUUGGAAGCUAUUGAUUUCAAACUUAUCCUUAACGGCAAACCAAUCAGGUCACUUCCACGGAAUGUGUUACUGAUACAUGGUGCUGAUGACUCGACAGUGCCAGUAUCAUCAUCACGCAAGUUUGUUCGCGCAUUAGAAAAAGUCGGAGCAGAUCAUGUCCAGUUACAUGUGUUGGAAGGGGUUGAUCAUUCUCAGCCUGUUACUGGCAAGUCUUGUGACUUGAUGUUAGCAACAACACCAUACUCUCAAAAAUUCUUUCGACUGCUGGAUCGAUUCGUGUUGGAUUCUACAUUGAAUAGUCGCAGAGCAACGCCACACUAUUAG